AUGUCAUUAAAACAUAAUCCUACUAAUAUAAAUGGUAUUACAUCUCCAAAUAAUGGUUUAAUAUCUUCACCCAUCAACAACAACAACAACAAUGCAAUGACUACAACUACAACUAGUAAUGCAUCUUUGGAUCAAAAUACACAACAACAACAAUCAAAUCAAGGAGCACAUACAUUGGCCAACAGUUACUUCUUUUACUAUAUGCCAAAGAGACCAAAGAACAUGUCUGAUUAUUUAAGUGGUCUUAAUUUAAUUUCUGGUGCUAUUCAUACUGUAGAGGAUUUUUGGUCCUAUUAUAGUCAUAUGAUUAGACCAGUCGAUGAAUUCUCAUCACUCAGCGAUAUUUAUUUAUUUAAAGAAGGGAUUAGACCAGUUUGGGAAGAUCCAGAAAAUCAAAAUGGAGGAAAAUUUGUAAUUAAAGUUAGAAGAAAUUAUACCUCUAAAUGGUGGGAAGAUUUGUUAUUGGCAUUUAUUGGAGAACAAAUUGAUGGUGGAGAUAGUAUUAAUGGAGUAGUGAUUUCAUUUAGAUCGGCAGAUAAUAGCUUAAUUGGUAUUUGGAAUAAGGAUUGCAAUGAUUUGGAAUCAAAGGAAAGAGUGGCUGCAAGUUUGAGAAAUCUAUACAGAAUCGAAAAAGUAGACUACAAGCCACAUUAUUUUAGAAUGACAAACAAGGAGGAUAUCAAAGAAGGUGGUGUUGGUGGUGGUGGCGGUGAUGAUCUCACCGGUAGUGCUGGAUUACUAAACUCUUCCAUGGAAGGUAUUCCAUCAUCAAUGAUUGAAGAAUUUAAACAAACUCAAUCUCCAAAUUCAUUCAACAUGUACAUGCAAACCACUUCCCCACAAACUCCAAACAAAAUGUAA